UAAACGCCUCGACUAGACGGACGAAUGGAGCGGUCGCGACGCGGUGGCUGAGAUGUUGGUGCCCGCGCUGCUGCUGCUGCCUCUCCUGCUGCACUGCCUUCGGGGCCACGGGGGAGAGCGGAUUCCCGCCCCGCCCGUGGAUGUGCACUUCCAGGCCCAUAUCUUCCACCACCAGCUUCUCUGGGAGCCGGGCGCCCAAGGCAGCCCGGACGGCGGGAUCCUGUACGAGGUGCAGUACCGGCGGGUCGGCAACGGCAGCUGGAGGGCCGCCGCCAACUGUACCCGGAUCGCGCUCCACUCCUGCGACCUCACCUAUGAGACUCGGCAGCCCGCGGCCCACUACUUGGCCCGGGUGCGCGCCGUAGCCGGGAACCGCACCUCCGCCUGGAGAUUGACGCGCCGCUUUGCGCCUAAAGAAGCAACUCUGUGGGUCUCCAAGGUGACCCUCUCCAGGAGCGGCAACCGGCUCCAUGUCUCUUUGCAGCUUCCCACCAGCCACUGGGCCAACCUCACUUAUGAAGAGAGCUACCAGGUGUGGGGGGAGUACCACGCCCAUGUCCGGAGAGUGUCUGACAAUGCCCAGUUUGUGCAUGUCCACAGCAGCCUGGAGUUUGACCUCCCCCCACUGCUGUGGGGGGAGCAGUACUGCAUCCGUGUACAGCCUCGUGUGGCUUCCAGGCCAAACCCUGCUGACUGGACGGAGGAGCAGUGUGUCUCAAUACCCCCCCUGGAAGGCCACACAGAAGGUCCUGUCCUCACCCCAAGUUUGGCCCUCCUGAGUCUUUUAAGUCUUGGAAUGCUGGGUGCAGGGCUGGGCUUGGCCUCUGCCUACAAGAAGAAGCCCACAAAGAUGCCUUCAGUCCUGAAAUCUCCUCUUCAGCACAGCCUCUGCUGGGGGCUGAUGGAGGAAAGCCAAGGCCGAGUCCUGCACAUGGAGACCGAAUCCAUCCAGCAGCUGUUCUUCCUGGGUCCACAGAAUCAGGCACACUUAGAGAGGAGCAGCAGCAGCAGCAGCCACCACAGUGGUGCAGAGCUUCCAGAGAAGAAUUGCCAGAUGGAAGAUGGCACAGGGCUCCAGGAAGGCAGUGGUUGUAGUGCAGACAGUGGCAUCUGCCUGCAGGAACCCUCUGGCAGCCUGAGCACUCUGCAGUUCGGUGGCACAGGGUCAUCCCCGGACAUUGAUCAAAAAAAGGGCAUACAGGAAGAUGCAGGUAGCUUUUGGAGGGAGGAACAACUGCUGCUGGGAGAGGGGUCACCCUCCAAGGACCUGACCCAGAUGCAUUUUUCUGGGUACAAGAAACAGUCAGGGGCUCAUUUGGAUCCUGAGGGUUGUCUGAGGCCUGCCUCCAGUGUGGACAGGGACAGCCUUUCUCAGCCCAGUUUGACAACUGGCUAUUUGAAGCAGACCUUGCUUGGAGCCCCUUCUGGCUUGAAGGUGAGAGCUCUCACAAACUUUCUUCAUAGAAUGGACCAGGAGAAAGAACAGUUCCCGAACAGCAUGUCCCCAGAUGUCUUGGGACCGUGGGAGUUGCCCUGUACAUCGCCACAGGCCCUCUUGGCAUUGGGCUUCUCUGAACAAGAGCAGGCAACACCUCCACUGCCACUCUCCCUCCAGCGGCAUUUGAGCCGGGAUCCUGUUCUCCUGAGCUUUCCUUCACAGUGCUGGGUAUAA